AUGGCGUCCAAGAAGGUUACGACGGCCUUUUCGAAAUACACAGUCCAGCCCACGGGAAUCUAUGGCCUCAUCAACCGGAUCUUCGCGCUCGACCCCAAGCGCUCGACUGGUAUCCCCAUGAACCCGCAAUUCCGCAACCCACCACCAGGCGCCCUCGACCCCAACACAUACGAUGACCCCGUCACCGUCCCGGCUGCUGACAUUGCUGAAAACCCAUACUGGAAGCGCGAUGCGCGACGACGAUACCCCAGGCUCUCGACCGUCACACAGGCCGACUCAGUCGCGCUGUUGGAAGUUGGAAGCGCGGCGGCGCCGAAGCAGGAGUUGAUUGGCGAGGCAGGCUCACAGCAGCUGGUUGCCGCACAAGAGCAGGGUGCGAAGGGACUGGCGGUCGCAUUUGAGAGGAACAUUGGCCUGGCAAAGGAUGUGCUGGGCCCUGGUGGCAUGCCCCCGCUGCCCAGCGGUAUGCAUGUUAGUAAUACUGCGGGGAAAAAGAGGUAUGAGUUGGAGGAGGUGCAAUCAUAUGGCGAUGCCUAUCCAUGCCGAACGUUCACUUGA